GGCGGGGCCCGGGCGCUGCUCCCCAUCCCGGUGGCGGCCGCGGCCAAGGAGACGGUUACAGAAAACAGAUCAGACCUUGAAGAUUUGCACCUUUACGCAACUCCUCGGGAGCAGCGGUUUCGCAGGUUUGCCAGCUUAGAAUUUGAAGGACAGCUCUACAUGACUCCAUAUGACUUCAUUCAGGCUGUCACAAGUGACGAACCCAAAUGUGCUAAAAGGUGGCGAUCCCUUUCAAAGCAGGAACUGAGUCAGAUCCUUAUGGAGACACCACCAGUUUGGAAAGGAUCAUCCAAACUUUUCCGUAAUCUUAAUGAGAAAGGUGUGAUAUCUUACACAGAAUAUUUAUUCCUCCUAUGUAUUUUAACAAAGCCACAUGCAGGUUUCCGAAUCGCUUUCAACAUGUUUGAUACUGAUGGCAAUGAGAUGGUGGACAAAAAGGAGUUCUUAGUGCUACAAGAGAUUUUCAGGAAAAAAAAUGAGAAGAGAGAAAGAAAAGGAGAUGAAGAAAAACGUGCAAUGCUGCGUCUUCAACUUUAUGGAUAUCAUACUUCUACUAACAGUGUUCUUAAAACCGAAGGCGAGGACGUUGUCCCCAGAAGCUAUUGGGAUACUUUGAGACGUAGCACAAGCCAAGCGCUCUUUUCGGACCUUGCGGAGCGUGCUGAUGAUAUUUCAAGUUCACUGUCAGAUACUACACUCCUUGUACACUUUUUCGGCAAGAAAGGAAAAGCUGAACUGAACUUUGAAGAUUUUUAUAGAUUUAUGGAUAACCUACAAACUGAGGUGCUAGAGAUAGAAUUCCUUUCCUACUCUAACGGGAUGAACACCAUCAGUGAGGAAGACUUUGCCCAUAUUCUUUUGAGGUAUACAAAUGUGGAAAACACAUCAAGUUACCUGGAAAACCUGCGCGGCACGAUUCCUGAAGAAAAGGGUAUCACGUUUGAUGAGUUUAGAUCAUUUUUCCAAUUCUUGAACAACCUAGAAGACUUUACUAUUGCAAUGCAAAUGUAUAAUUUUGCAAGUCGUUCCAUAGGUCAAGAUGAAUUCAAACGUGCUGUGUACGUGGCCACAGGUGUGAAGCUUUCACCACAUUUGGUGAACACAGUGUUCAAGAUUUUUGAUGUUGACAGAGAUGACCAGUUGAGUUAUAAAGAAUUUAUCGGCAUUAUGAAAGACAGACUCAAUCGAGGGUUUAGGGAGACUCCGAAGUCUGGUUGGAAGGAAUAUUACUCUUGUGUGAUGACUGUAACCAGUGAACACCUCAGAGAUCUAUGGAAGCAAUUUCGGAGACGUGAUAUGCUGAGAUAAAGGAAGAAAGGAGGAUUAUCCGCACCAGCUAGAACUAUUUAUUCCUACGAAUUCUUAAUGAAGAACAAACUAACCCAGGUGAAUCGAGAAUCUUCCAACUGCAGUAGAAAACACAGGACUUAAUGUAGUGAUCAUCAACUCUUAACAAACUGCUUUUAACAUGUAUUUUAUUUAAAUGACAAACUAUCACUCGAUUGGCAGAAGAAUAUCUUUUUUAAGAAUACAUUUUUAAUAUUAUUUUUUAUUAUUUUGAGAUAGGUCUGUCAUUUAAAAGAAAACAAACAUAAGUUUUACACCUGGGAAGGCAAACGUUUUGGCAAUGGAGAGAAACUGCCCCCCAUCAGCUUAGACUGUGAAUUUGCUUUGAGAAGAGCAUUAUUAAAAGUUUGUGCUAAAAGAGGAAUGAGAAUACAAUAAGUAGCAAAACAAUUGUAUACAAGUUGAAUGUACAACUUAAAUUCUUAGAAGCCAACAAAGCUGUUACUUUAAAAAGAGUAAAGCUGUGAUGGUUAUAAUGUGAAUGACAGGUAUUUACCUAGGAAAGGUACUGUAUGGACUAUAAUGUUUAGAUUCUCCAAGUCUUACAAUGAUGUUUAUUUAUUUAUCCUUUUAAAAAAAUAGUAGAGAUUUUAAAAUGUCUUUUGAGCAGUAUGUUGAAGAAAAGUCAAAAUGUUCAAAUUCACGUUAAGUAACAUGUACUUUGUAAUAUUUAUUAUAAAUUUUAUUGCCAUACAUAUAAAUUCACUGCUACAUUUCUGGUAGAGUAAAACUUCAUGUGUUUCUUGUGACUAGUGCACUUUUAUGUGAAGUAAGAUGUGGCAAUGAGUAGAAAUUGUAGCCAUUUAAUUUGCUACUCUUGAAUGCAGUAUCUGAAAAAAUAGAUCAAUAACUUGUGUUUGUGUCCAAACAAAAAAGCAAACCGAACAUGAAUGCAUGCAGCAGCACAGAGCAACACGCACUAAGUGAUGUUUUUUGAGUAUUAUGCAGCAAAUUCCAAGCAGAAAUUGGGCCUUACAAAGGUUAUGGAGACCACAGGCCAUAUGGAGUAGCUACCAGGACCUUUCCUGCCCUGUUGGUCCAGAUGUUACUGAAACAGCGGUAAGGACACUGUUAUCUUUGGUUUUCAUAGUCUCUAAAUUUUAUCUUUGCUAUUCAGUAGCAAUGUUUUUCCUUACUCCCUUUCAAGAUGAUUUUUAGGCAAUGCAAAUUGAACCCAAACAAACAUGAACACGUAUUUCUUUCAUCCUUCUGGAUGUUAAAUAAGGCUGUAUCUGUUUAGGAACAAUCUGUGCCUUGAAAUAUUUCUACCUGAACGCACACACAUUGACAUGGACUAAUGUCAAUAAAAUGUUAUCGGAAAGGUAAAUAUUUGGUGGAGUCUGACAAUUACAAUAGAACCAAAAUAAUGGUUUCAAAUCUUCUUUUACUCCAGAUACCUGUAAUCAAACUUGUCAAAAUUGUACUUAGUGCCCAUGUUGCUCAAAUGCCGUCUUACAUCACACAUGAGUAGAAAAAAUGUAUAGCAUCUGUGUAUGUACACCUAAGUUUAGAAAUGUUUAAUUUAUAAUAAGAUUUAUCUCUGCUAAAAAGUCAAGACAAAAUGAAGAGGAACAUGUUUUUUAAGAAAUUCCACUCUGGGAAUCUUAGAGAAAAAAAAUAAAUGUACUAAAUGUGGCUUUUAUCUGAGAAAAAGCCUGUAUAGAGAGCUUUUGAAGGAUGCUAUUUUAGUUAAUAUUUCAUGAUAAAUACUUAACAAAUUUCUACCUUGGCAUCUUUAACUACUGACAACAAGAAAAAAUCAAAUAGAUUGGGAUAAAGGCACAGCAGAACACGGAUCAGCUGCAAUCCCUGUGUGAUCCUUUAGGGAAUUGAUGGUAUUUCAAUGUAUCGUCUUGGUACGCAGAACUGUCUCGCUGCUUCUUGUCAGCAUCUGCAACCCCCACAGUUCACUGCUUCAGUGAUGAAGGACAAUAAAAAGGGAAGGAAGGAAGGACAGGGGGUUACUGAAGGGGUGCCCCUCCUUCCUCUUCAUUCACUGUCAUCCGCCCUGUGGAGGAAGCAGCAGCAUCAUUUUGCUCCUCCACUGCCCUAGGCAAUAGUGCACUUUGCUUUUAUGGCUGGCUUGAGACAAUUUUAUCAUUUUUCUAUGUAUUUCCUAACUAUAGUCACUUAAUAUAAAAUAGAAUGUGAAAGUGUCAGAUUAGUUUUUAAGAGUAUUUUUUCCUCAUGUUUAAUAAUAAGUUAUUUAAUAUAAAUAUGAAUAUAUGCAUAUAAUAUUCUUAUUUCAAAAUAAAUGCACUUGAAACUCA